AGGCAGAGGAAGCAUUAGCAUUGUGUAUCAUUUGGUUGUUAUUUAUUAUAGCCUCCAGCUCCUGAUCUUCAGGAAGCAGCUCACAACUGCAAGCAAGAGCUUACAAACCACGCACUCGCAGACUACCACAGAUGGCUACGAAGAACCCUUCCUUCAAGAUAAUUCUGGGAUCUUCUUCAAAAGCUCGCAAACAGAUUCUCGCUGAAAUGGGAUACGAAUUCACAAUAAUGAGUGCAGACAUUGAUGAGAAAAGUAUUAGAAGGGAAAAGCCAGAAGAUUUGGUUGUCACAUUAGCUGAGGCUAAGGCUGAUGCUAUUGUGCAAAGGCUCCUUAAUGAUGGUCCAUUGGAGGCAGAUGCUUCUACAACCCUGUUAAUCACUGCAGACACUGUUGUGGUAUAUCGAGGAACAAUUAGGGAAAAACCAAUUAGUGAGAAAGAAGCACGGGAGUUUGUCAAAGGAUAUUCCGGUAGUCAUGCAGCUGUGGUAGGAUCUGUUGUGGUGACUAAUCUUGUGACCGGAAAACGUUAUGGGGGGUGGGAGAGUGCAGAGGUUUAUUUCCUUGAAAUACCGGACGAGGUCAUUGAUAAUCUGAUUGAUGACGGAGUAACAUUCAACGUUGCUGGAGGUUUGAUGCUGGAACAUCCAUUGACGUUACCUUUUGUGGAUGCGGUGGUUGGAUCAGCAGAUACCGUGAUGGGACUUUCCAAAGCUCUUACAGAGAAACUCAUAAUGGAAGCUCUAUAGCUGCUGCAGUUGAACAAUUACAUUCCAAUAGAUACCAUGUUUGGCUGACUGCAAUACUACCUCAAGGAUAUCCAAAUGUUUUUAUUUGCACUGAUUUGCAUUACAAACUAGAAUCCUUGAGACUUUGCUGAAUAUUGUUUUAUCACGAGGGAAUCUGAGAGGAUUCUAUGAAACUCAGAUCUAACAUUUGAAUAUUUUUGUUUGAUCUAACAUUUGAAAUUUGAAUGUAUUAGAAUUUCUAAACUAUUGAAGUUAAAUUUUUCAGAGGGAAUCUGAGAGGAUUCUAUGAAACUCAGAUUGAGUUCAAUUUUUUUAUUUAUGAAUGUAAUGAAUUUGUGUUACAGGAUCCAAAGAGCAUCAUUCUCUUAUAUAAAGCUCUAAAAUAGCUAGGUAAAACUGUUCUAGAUUAGGCUAAUUGUUGAGCUGUUAAAACUGUUAUAGAUUCAGUUGUGACAAUUACUGGUUAGUUACAAUAAUGGACUGCUCCCACCACUAGUCUGUACAUGGUAGGAUCUGAUAAAGUAUCAGACCCCUCUUUAUAGAGCUUGCAACCAGUAAUCAUGGGAGAUGGCAAAGGCCGACCUUAAUCUUAUUAGUUUGAAAAGAAGAUCAUUUAAAUGCUUUCUUUGAGAUAGAAGAAGAGACCCAUUAUCUUGAGGCUUGACUUCAAUGCUUAAGGUCGCAAACUGAAAAAGAGUGCUAGUAAGCCUAUCAAAACAAGCUUUAUGGACUUGUUUUAGAUUAUAGAGUGUCUUGUGAAGUUUGCAUACUAUAGAUAUGUCGGGAUGCUCAAUACCCGUGGUUUGAGUCAUGUAUACAUUUUGAAGUAACACAUUCAAUUAAACAAGUAAAUCAAUUGAAGAUGCGCAGUAAGAGAAACCAUUACUAUGGACUAUGGAGCUGGUCCACAAAGUCAAUAUAUACUAACUCAAGGGAUCAGAGUAAGUAGUAGUAGAUAAGUGAGAGAGUAAUUUGUGAGUUUUGCCCAAACAACAAGAGGAACAAAAAUCGAACAAUCAUAGCGAAUGGAAUAUUAUAGACUUUCAAAACAUGCUUUUGAACAUCAAUGUUCUGAUGAUUUAGCCCAACAUUCCAAAGUGAAGAUUGCUUAGAGCUAGUAAUAGAAUUUAUAAUAGGUAAAUUGUUCUUUGUAUGGAAAAAGAAAGUAGAGGCAAGUAU